UUUGCUUACUAUCUCAAUUUCUUUAUUCACUUAUGGAAAAGGAUCAGAAGGAGAGGGAGAGAAUUGAACACUUUAGUCAUGAACAUUCGUUGGUGUUGAAUGAAGAGCAGAGUGAUGAAAGUAAAGAAGCUUGUUGCAGGGCAUGUUUGGAACCAUUGUUGGGCCCAAUUUUUAGCUGUGCAGAAUGCGAGUUUCACCUCCAUAAAAAAUGUGCCCAGGCACCCUUAGAGAUUACUAACUCCCCUUUUCAUUGUAAGCAGUCUGCUCUUACUCUUGAGGCAAAGGGACCGUUCUGUGAUUUAUGUAAGGACAAUCGUACCAUGUUUUAUUACUGUUGUUCUUUAUGUCCUGUUUCCCUUGAUAUCAAAUGUGCUCUACUUUUGCAUAACAUUGAUCAAAACUUUCGUGAGCUCAAAUAUGUUGCUCAUGAACAUCCAUUGACCUUUAUUGAAAAUCCCAAUGAUGAACUCAAAAGAGCCGAUUGUUAUUGGUGUCAAAAACCACUAGUAGACUCCUUUUAUGCUUGUCUUGAUUGUAGAUUUUACCUCCACAAGAAAUGUGCUCAGUUACCCACUCAACUUAAUCAUCCUUGGCAUCGCAAACACACUCUUUACAUUGAAGAUGCUUAUCUUGUUUGUAAGGUAUGCCAAAGGGAACAUUGGAGUUUGUUUUAUCGUUGUCUUCCUUGCAAGUUGGACAUUGACAUUGAAUGUGUUCUAUCAAAGACAUGGUUUAUUGUUGAAUACAAAAAUCAUCAUGAGCACUCAUUCACUCUAUUAUUAAGAGAUUUAGGUGACAUAUUUGUUUGUGAUGCAUGUGGUACUGAAGCAAAUUAUGUUCCUUAUAUAUGUUCCACUUGCCACAUUGUGAUCCAUGAAAAAUGCAUUUCAUUACCUCGCAUCAUCAAAACAACAAGGCAUCACCAUUGUAUUAUGCACAAUUAUUUUUUUCAAAAAAAGGAACUUGAAAAAAAAGAUUGUGGAAUUUGCCUGAGUGAAGUGAAAGCAGAGUAUGGGAGUUACAAUUGCUUGAAGCAAGAUUGCAAUUAUGUUGCCCAUGUGAAUUGUGCAUUGGACUCUGAGAUGUAUGAAAUAAUUGAUCAAGUCAAUGAUCAAGAUGAAGAGUCUAGUGAAAAUUUAGCUACAAAUUCUUCCAUCACUUGUGUUCUUGAAAGGAACGAACACGGGGAAGCUACGAAGAUAAAACAUUUCAGCCAUGAACAUGACUUAAUAUUAGGCAACAAGCUCAAGGAAGAUGAUGAUAGACAUUGUGAUGGGUGCAUGCUAUCCAUCUCAACUUUGUUUUACUAUUGUUCACAGUGUGAGUUCUUUCUCCACAAGACCUGUGCUGAAUUACCAAGAAAAAAGCAUCAUUGGUUUCAUCGAUCUCUCACCACCCUCAAUUCGGUAGACUUUUUCAGAUGUAACCGGUGUAAUCGCCUGUGCAGUGGCUUCUUCUACAAGAGUGGCAGAGCUAACUUUUGCCUAAGGUGUGCUAGAAUUUCUCAUACCCUAGGCCUCACAAGCCAAGGACACAUGCACUCUCUCUUUUUUGAUUUUAAAUUCAGUGGGAAAUGCAACGCUUGUGGUGCCACAUGUUACGAUGGUGCAUACAAAUGUAAAGAUUGCACUUUUGCUUUGGAUUUUGCAUGCAUUACACUACCACAGGAAAUUAGGCACAAGUGCGAUAAACACUUCCUCAAACUUACUUAUCUCGAUGAGAAUGAUGAUCCAGAACAACAUUACUGUGAUAUAUGUGAAAAAAGAAGAGACCCAACCCAUUGGUUUUAUCAUUGUGAAAUUUGUGAUAAUUCUGCUCAUUCCAGAUGUGUUCUUGGAAAAUAUCCAUUUAUGAGAAUCAAGAUUGGGAGCACUUUCCCGUAUGACGAUCACCCACACAGGCAUCCUUUAAUCUUUGUCAAAAAGAUUUAUGAAACCUGCUCUUUCUGUGGUAAGCCUUUCCAAGGUGUAGCACUUCAAUGUACAGAUUCUACAUGCAACUAUGUUAUCCACUACGAUUGUUGGUCUUGGGGACGGGACAUGUAGCCUCCUUCUAAGUGGGGAUGUUGUUGAAAACAGGGCUUAUUGUUUCCGAAUGUGUUGAUACUUUCCAUUGUUUUAUGAAU